ACUUGCUUUUGUCUUCUGCUUACGUGAACAUGGCUUUCAAGUCAUCCCUUUUGGCUGUUCUAGCUGUCACUUCCGCUCUUGCUGAUUCUCCGCCAUCUUAUCGAGCUCCUGCACCUUCGUAUGGAGCACCCUCUCUUUCAUAUAAUGCUCCGGCUCCAGCGGGCCCUGCUAAGUACGACUUCAACUACGCCGUGAAGGACGACUACUCAGGAAACGACUUCGGACACCAGGAGGCUCGAGAUGGCUACGACACCAAGGGAACUUAUUACGCGCAGCUUCCCGACGGCCGUUUGCAGAAGGUCACUUACUACGUCAACGGUGACUCUGGGUAUGUGGCCGAAGUCUCCUACCAAGGAGAGGCUCAGUACCCUCAGUAUCAGCCCUCCGGAGGAUACAAACCCGCCCCGAAGCCUGGGUACGCCUAAGGGAAAUUAUCACUCUGAUGCCUACUGUAGUCAUUAUUAUUUAAUAUGUGUGACUUUGCUGAAUGUAGUAAAGUAAGCGCGAUCUCAAUAUGUAUUUAAAAUAGAUAGGUUUCGGUACUUAAAUACAUAGUUUUUUUUUCUUAUUUAUUAUUAUCAA